CAAAAAUUUAUUUCCCUUCUAUACAAGAGAAUCCUUUUAACGUAUACAUGAAUGUACAGUACUUGAAUGAUAAUUUCAGAAAGAGAGAGUAUAUAAACAAAGCAUAAAAGAAUUGUAAUAAAUCAUUUGAAGUAUUGAAAUCUCUUAUCGUAACUAGCUUAACUUAUUUGUGUUUCAAUUCAUAAAGCAAAUCAUUUAUUUAAGAAAAUUAACAUUUAUAGUACACAAUACAAAAUACUGAAUACUGUUGUCAUGUUUUCAAUUGUAUUGUUACUUUCAGUUAUCGGUUUGUGCUGGUACACUCCGGUAACAUGUCACUCCCUUCCAGAUUCUGAUCUCUGGGAACAUGGUAAUGACGGUGAUUCAGAAGAAGUAACUAGACGAUUUCUCAUUUCACUUCUACGCGGUCUUGGUUUAAGACGUGAAUAUACAAAACAACAGUGGAGUAAACGUGUCCCACCGUAUAUAACCGGUGGAAUUCGUUAUUGACAAGAGUGUUAAGUCAAAAGGAGCAUGCGCACAAACAAGUAAAAGACAAAAAUAAUCAGUAAUGAAGAUGUAAACAAAAGUUUUUUGUUUUUCUACAUUGUCAUAAUAAAAACAACAACCUAUAGAGAAAAUAAUAAACACCUUUUCCAUG